AUGUCGAAGCAGGACGAAGAGCUUAUGGCUGCAGAGCUGUACCAUGCCGGUGCACAAUCAGCACAGGCAUUGGACCUCGACAGUAUACCCACGUCCGAGUCUGACUUUGACGACGAAGUGCCCGAUGGCGAGGAUGAUGCAUCUACCAAGCCCACAUCAUCGCCUUCGCCGGCGACAGAACCUGCGCCAGAAGUGCGAUGCUUGUGGGAGGACUGCGGGCAGAUCUUCAACGAUUUACAGCCGUUCAUUGAGCACUUGCACUCGUUCCAUAUUGGUAUACACAAGUCGCGAUACGCAUGUGAAUGGUCAGGAUGCCCCCGGAAAGGCAAGAGCCAAACGUCGCGCUUUGCACUCUUGAGUCACUUGAGGAGUCAUACGGGCGAGAAACCAUUCACAUGCCCACGUCCUGAGUGUGACAAGUCGUUCACUCGCUCCGAUGCUCUCGCGAAGCACAUGCGCAUGCAACACAAUGCGCCGAGCCAAGGAGUCGCGAGGAGCGCCGAGGAGCGCGAAGAGCCCAUCGCACGUGCCGAUCAUGUCGGCGAUGAGCUGUUGGAGCUUGCAGAUAGUGAUCGCAAAGGUGUCAGCGGUCUGCCUGUACCGGUUGUGUUGACUGUUGAGAAAGCAAUGUGCAAUCCACGCGCGCUGCAGGACAAGAAUGAACUGGAGCAGGUUCUGGGUCGUGUGCGUGCAAAGCAACAGCGUGCAUCCAAAAAGCCGCGGAUCGAAGAGACGGAUGGAGGGCCGGUGCGUGCAGAUACCUACGCCCUUUCGUCCGACGAAGACAGUGAUGCACAGCCGCCGACCAACGCGGCGGUGCUGAAACUGUACCUCGAUGAGAAGGCCAAGUUGCGCGCUGCGCGCCGUGCGCGCGAGCAAAUGCGCCGCGAGGUUUACGCAAUUCAGCAGGAGGAAGAAGACCUUGUACUGAGUUGCCGCGAGACGCUAGAUUUGCUUAUGGAGCGCAUGUUUGGCGCAGAGUACACCAACGUGCUUGGCCCGACGCAUACGGAUACAUAA